CCGUUACUUACUUUUUGCUGUAAAGGAGAGAACAACAUCAACUUCAACAUAAGCACACGUUUUCGUAUUCACUGGAAAAACUUUGCAAACCUUCAUUCAUCACUUCCAUCUUGGUAAUCAUCACUUUUGAGCAUCAUCAUGUUGUUCCAACCAGUUGCUAAAUCACAACUAGAAUGGCUUGCAAGCCUCAACCCUCUCGAGCACACAUUUGAUGCUAAUAACAAAUAUUGGCGUAAAACUUCCAUCAUUGCUACAAUUGGACCAAAGACCAACAAUGCAGAAAUGUUAGGUCGCCUACGCAAGGCUGGUAUGAACAUCGUUCGUUUGAACGCCAGUCACGGUGAUCACUCUUACUUCAAAUCUGUCGUCGAAAACGGUCGCAAGGCUGUCUCUGAUGCUGAAGGUCGUCCUUUAGCUUUCGCUUUGGACACAAAAGGUCCUGAAAUGCGUACAGGUGUUAUGGUAAAUGGAGAAGAUGUUAAAAUUCAAAUCGGUCAUGAAUUUUACGUUACAACCGAUGAUCAAUACGCAGACAAAUGCUCAGAGAAAUACCUUUAUAUCGAUUACAAAAACCUUCCAAAGAAGGUCGAAGUCGGUAAAUUGAUUUACGUUGAUGAUGGUAUCCUUUCCCUACAAGUUAUUGCCAUUGAAUCUGACACAAUGGUUAAAGUCAAGGCCGUCAACAAUGGUGUUUUGAGCAACAAAAAGGGUGUCAAUCUUCCACUCACAGAAGUUGAUUUGCCAGCCAUCUCAGAGAAGGACCGCAAGGAUUUGAUCUGGGCCGUCGAAAAUGAUAUGGACAUGAUCUUUGCCUCUUUCAUUCGCCGUGGUAGCGAUGUCCGCACAAUUCGUGAAAUUUUGGGAGAGAAGGGUGCUCAUAUUAAAAUCAUUUCCAAGGUCGAAAACCACCAAGGUGUUAUGAACUUUGACGAAAUUCUCAAAGAAUCUGAUGGUAUCAUGGUUGCUCGUGGUGAUUUGGGUAUCGAAAUUCCUGCUCCUCAAGUCUUCAUGGCACAAAAGAUGAUGAUUGCCAAGUGCAACAUCGCCGGUAAACCAUCUAUUUGCGCAACACAAAUGUUGGAAAGCAUGAUCGUGAACAACCGCCCAACACGUGCAGAAGUGAGCGAUGUUGCCAACGCAGUUCUCGAUGGUGCUGACUGUGUUAUGUUGAGUGGUGAAACUGCAAAGGGUGCUUACCCAAUCGAAGCUGUCAAGAUGAUGGCUGAAACAAGUUUCUUGGCCGAACAAAGUAUCUCAUACAUUCCUUUGUUCAACGAAAUGCGUACAUUGACACAAGUGCCAACAGACACAAGCGAAACAGUUGCAAUGGCAGCCGUUAGUGCAAGUUUGGAACAACAAGCAGGUGCAAUUUUGUUGAUGAGCACAUCCGGUAACACAGCUCGUUUGGUGAGCAAAUACCGUCCAAGAUGCCCAAUCUUGACAGUUACCCGUGAUGAACAUACCGCACGGGAUGUUCACUUGUACCGUGGAUGCUAUCCAUUCUUGUAUCCCUUCGCACGUCCAAGUGAUAACAGCACAUGGCAAGAAGAUGUUGAUAACCGUAUCAAAUACGGUUUGGCUGAAGCUUUGAAACUUGGCAUUCUCGAAAAGGGAGACACAGUUGUUGCAUUGCAAGGAUGGCGCGGUGGUCAAGGAUUCACAAACUCGAUGCGUGUUUUGACCGUCCCUGAUGCAGCAAAGGAUUUCCAAUUGGAAGGAACAGCCGGUGGAAAGAAGAUCAACUCUGGUGCCUCUUUGUUGGGUUAAAAGAGGGCAUACCUUACUAGCCACUUUCUUGUUGUGAAUCGUCAAAAUUUUAUCCCUUGUAUGUGAGACCCAGAACGUUAGAAGUCAAUGAUAUUACAAUGUACCAUCAUCUGUGAGUGAGUGAAAG